AUGAACACCCCAAGACUCGGCCGCAAUACUCCUCAACCAGCAGUCCAGAACACCAUAGGGCCGCACAUUAAUCCAUACAUCCAGGCAUCUCAAGGUAAAUAUGCGAACCCUUGACCUUCCUCUUCUAACCUCAGACGACUUCGACAUUGUUUGGGGCGCACUUCUAACUUUAAUUUAUACAGGUUACCAACAACACUGGGAUGAUAUUUCGAUGGCGCAACACCCAACCUCCCAUCACAGUUCAAUGAUGCCACCGGACUCGAGCUCAAGACUAACUCGAAGUCCUGCGAAUAACUUUAGCGAAGUAAUGCCUUCUUCGUUUGAUAAUCAUCGAGAUCCGACUGUGCGAUUUGACUUGGGUGUAACAUCAGCCCAAAGCAUCUCAGGUAACUUCAGCGAGGUAAUGACUUCUGCGUAUCCCCACCACAACCUAGAUCCGAGGAAUUGUGGGUUGGAGAAUCCGUAUAGAAUGACAACUUCAUUCGAACAUCGGGAUAGCAACCCAGUUUCUCUACCUCCAUCCACAGGCAACUUGACCCCUGUAGAUCGGGCUGGAUGGCUUUGGAGUACGGAGGAGCUCGUCAGCAUGGUCGAAACGAUGCAAAGAGAGAAGAACAACCAGAUUUCUGUUCCUCACACCAUAAAUGACUCGGGCCAUGGAAGCCAGGUUCAGUUGAACGAAGACAGAGCUAGCGCCGAAAACAAUGAAGAGAACCCUAGCACUACUGCUACUUCCCUCUCUAAGUUCGACAACAUUAGCGGGGAGGAAACUUAUGCGUAUGGCUAUGACCACUUCGCGGAAUUCGACCCGGCUACGCCACAGGACACACAGGUUACAGCGUCAACCCCAGGUCAAGCUAUGUGGGAUAUCCCCCUAAACAACAUGGUUGAUAAUGCGAUACCCAAUAUCGCUUCUGGAAAUGGACACUCUGCGCCUAGUUAUAAAGCCAUGGCAGCAUUGAAAUGGCGAGUCCGAAGAUCACAGGUAAGACUCACAACACUCCAAGAAUUCAUGAGAGCUUCAACUGACAGUUUCACUAACAGCGAUCCCAUGCUAAGUCUCACCUUGAAAGAAAUGGGGGAAAAGAUAAUGGCAUGAUCGUUGACCACGGAUCUAACUUAUCGGACCACGUUUACCCAGACGAGAACACCGAUGAGGGAUAUAGAUCGCAAUCAUCCCGCCAACAAAGUGAACCAGCAACCACGGCCGGAGCCGCAGAUGGACUCAAGCGUAGAGCCACAAACGAAAACUCGGACGACGCUCCACCUGCAAAGAAGGUGAGAAAGUCGAAUCCACUUCGUGCCAUUGACAAUAAGUUAGAGGGAAACAAGCCUGAUCCAAAUCAUUUCCCCCCGCCGAGAGUCCCAGGAGAACAUCUGAAGAUGGACUUCACACCAAGAGCCCGUAUCCCCAAGGAUAACAGUCCUACGGAUGAUGAAGCGUUCACCCAUCGCAACGGACAGCCUACAGAGAGAUAUAAGGCUGAGCAAAAAUCCAAGAGAUUACGAUGGGUAUUAGGAGCUUUUGAAGCAGCAGACGGCAACGAUUCUUCCGUACACGCUGCACCGCCAGGUGGCCUAAGACAAGAUCUUCCACCUCUAAUUCAUCACAGAUUUGGAUUGAGACAAUGGUUGAUAGACAGACGAUCUCCUCUUGUCCCAGCCACUACUCCACAUGUAGACUGUGUCCAAUUCAUCAAAGACGCUGGCAACGAGUUGCAGUGGAAUUUCAAGAAUUGGGCAGAGGGCCAAGCUUGGAUGAAAUACCAAGAGGAUAGUCGCGCUUGGCAAAACGCCCAUAGACGGGAGAAGGCUAGAAAAAAGGCCAAAAAGUAUUGCAGAAGGAAAAUAAGGAAUGAGGUGUGGGCUGCCUAG